AUCAAACAGCACUACAAAUACGCCACCUGCCAAGGACAGUAGCUGUUUGCAGGGCUAUAUAAGAGGGACAAGUCUGUGUUCAACCAAACUGCAACCAAACGUAUACCGUCACUCUACAGAGACAUCAUGAGAACCACUGCAGCCGUCCUAUUGGUCCUCUGUCUUCUGACCAUCAGUCAUGCCUGGGACUGUCAGGAAAUAGUGGCUAUCAAGAAUCUGAUGCAGAUCGAUGCAGGACUGGGGCAAGUGGUUGCUACGGACACAAGUCAAACCCCCUACUACCUGGUAGGUAAUGAAUGGAUCCGCCUGCCUGGUUCCCUGAGGCAUAUCACUGUAGGACCAACAGGGAUCUGGGGUGUCAGCAACGGAAACCUCAUGUUCAAGUAUGUGGCCGGUAACUGGGUUCAAUUUGCAACCGGUGUAAAUCAGCUGGAUGCUGGGGAGGACCAGUUUGUUGUGGUGGCCAACAUGGACUAUGUUCCAGGGUGUCUUUCAAGAAGUGCCUCACUUGGCUUCAUGGGUGCUGACUCAUCCCUUCGAGGGAUAAGGUUGCCAGGAGCUGUGAAGUAUUCUAGUUGCGGACAUUUUGGGUGCUGGGCAGUCAACAAGAAUGAUGAUAUCUACUUAAUGAGUUUGAAUCAAGACUGCCAAAACAACGGGUGGAGACACAUUGAUGGCAAGCUUUCCAUGAUUGAGGUGGCAACUGAUGGUAGUGUCUUUGGGGUCAACUCUGCAGGCCAAGUUUAUACCAGAGACGGCAUCACGGCCAGUAAACCAGAGGGCACUGGAUGGAGCAAUGUCCCAAUGUACAUGCCAAUGAAGCACGUGACCUACGAUCUGGGCCGUCUUUGGGUCAUCUCCAAUUCUGGCUUCACCAUGGUGUGCACACAUUAGCCUCUCCUCUGCAUCUGAAGGACGUUCGGGAUCUGACAAGCUCACUUGCUAACUCAUUGAUCUCUCUGUCUGGAACAAUCUCAAUUCUCAACAUUAAUUCACAAGAAUCAUCACAUUCUAAUACCU